UGGUUUCUUUGCUCGCUUCCUCGAAAGAAAUGAACCUUCUGGCUCGCCGUUGACUGUUUGACAGUGACAGCGGACUUACGGAACAUAUCCAGCAUGGGUGCUCGGCUCGCGCGGAUAUUCCGAAACUUUAACUUGGAGAACCGCGCGCUGCGAGAGAUCUCCAAAGAGAAGCCGAGUGCAGCGCCCUGGCACGAGACCGAAGCGCCGCCUUCCGCCGUUAGCUCUGAGGCGAGGGAGUCAGUGAAGAAGAAGAACGAGUCGUUGUUGGAACACCUUAGGUCUGUGUAUGUGGAGUCUACUGAUCCAACAGCAGCUACAGAGGUAUCAGAGAAUGUGAUAAAGGAUAAAGGAGUGGAGCGGAGGCCCCUCACAGUCAGUUUCCCAGGAUACACGUUUGGCCUGCCGGAGCUCACAGAUGUUCCCAAAGGGAAACUGACCAUUGCUGAGGCUCUGAAGGCCCUCGGCAGUCACCAGCACCAGCCUCGGACGUGGACGGCUGAAAAGAUUGCUCAGGAUUAUUCUCUGGACUUAAAAGACACAAAAUCUGUUGUAGAAUUCUUCAUCCCUUUCAAGGUGGAGGUCAUCCCUCCUAAGACUAGAACUGCCAAGCAGAUAAAGGCUUCCUAGGACUGGAGUCAUGGAGAGCGAGAAACUAUUACCUCACUUAUUUAUGUUCUAUAGUGUUUGAGUGGGAGAGGGACUAGUUUUUCAUGAGUUCAGUGGUGUUAAGAUUGAAUGAUGGGAGAUUUUUAACAUGCCUACAGGAAACAACCACAUAUCUGAAAACAGCCGUCCUUUCGAGACGCCUCAUAUUUAAAUGAAUCAGGAAGAAAUGAAAUGUUAAACAGAAAAGAAUGAAAGUUUAAGGAUACCUCUGAAGUUUCAUUCAUUAAAGGGUCGCCCAGACUAGUUUCUCAGAGUGUUCUUGGCAAACAGCUGAAGUCAGGAUCUGAUCAAACUGGCUUAAAGACGUAACAAAUGGAAUCCACACACCCGAUAACUGACUGUUAAGUUUGCAGUGAUUGGUGUAGAGCGUUUAGGUGUACUGUGAUGGGCUGGAUAUACAAGUCCAGCCGGGACUUAUAAACACAAAAACUCUGAUAUUUAAAAUGUUAGUCAGGUAAACCAGUUCUUUAUGAUAGCCUCAAAUAAAAGACUUAUUGACUCUAACUUUGACAACCUAGUUAUGACAUGACCCUCUUCUGAUGGUGGUUCAUAGCUCCCUCUGUGGUGCAAAAUAGAGAUGCACCACCCAGAGAUUCUGUGUCCAAUUACUGGUGUAAACAUUCUUUACAGCUAAGAUUCCAGUUUCUCUCUGCAAACUAGAAAUCACAAAAUACCUUCAAAUUUAACAAUAAAUGGUUUAUAAUGAAAUAAAACAAUGGGUUUUCAUUACUAACUUUUCAUCUGAAGAUGUCCGAUCUACAUGAACCGUCCUUUUAAAGCUCAUUUCCAUCCAUCAUAAUUCAGCUUUUUAUCAGCUGUAUCGUCAAGGCAGCACACUGCUGCAGAGAGGUGUGGUUUUCUUCAGUUCAUGAGGAAUUCAGAGGACUGGGGGUUAAAUUCAGAAUAAGAGUGAACCUGUGGAAUCAUAUCGCUGCAAAAAUGCACGUUUUCAGAAUAAAUCAUUUUUGUCUCA